UCCCCUCCGGGCGCCCGCCGCCCGGCGGAAGGACUCCAGCGGCCCGCGGUCCGGGGAGACGGACUUGACCCCCGGCCUGGGCCCCUCGGUCCCGGCGGCUCGGGGCGCCCCUCCUCCCGGCAUGGAGCCCUCAGAGCGCGCGCAGGCUGCGCGGGACCGCGUCCCCAGGAUUGAUCCAUAUGGGUUUGAAAGGCCUGAAGACUUUGAUUAUGCAGCUUAUGAAGAAUUUUUUUCCACCUAUCUGGUGAUCCUCACUCGAAGAGCAAUAAAAUGGUCUAAACUUCUAAAGGGAAGUGGUAGAGUGCAGAAAAGUAUGACAGUGAAGCGCUAUAUCCGGAAGGGUGUUCCCCUCGAGCACCGGGCCCGCGUCUGGAUGGGGGUGAGUGGAGCCCAGGCCCAAAUGGACCGCAACCCCGGUUACUACCACCGGCUUCUCCAGGGACAGAGAAACGACAGCCUGGAGGAGGCCAUCAGGACAGAUAUGAACAGGACCUUCCCGGAUAACGUGAAAUUCCGCAAGAGCGCCGAUCCCUGUCUGCAGAAGACCCUGUACAACGUGCUUCUGGCCUAUGGGCACCACAACCAGGGCGUGGGGUAUUGCCAGGGCAUGAACUUUAUCGCGGGAUACCUGAUUCUCAUAACGAAGAACGAGGAGGAGUCCUUCUGGCUCCUGGAUGCGCUCAUCGGAAGGAUCCUGCCCGAUUACUACAGCCCCGCGAUGCUGGGCCUGAAGACGGACCAGGAGGUCCUGGGGGAGCUGGUGAGGACCAAGCUGCCAGCAGUGGCGGCCCUGAUGGAUGGGCACGGUGUCCUGUGGACCCUGCUUGUGUCUCGAUGGUUCAUCUGCCUGUUCGUGGACAUCCUGCCCGUGGAGACGGUGCUUCGGAUCUGGGACUGUUUGUUCAAUGAAGGCUCGAAGAUUAUCUUCCGGGUGGCCCUGACCCUGAUUAAGCAACACCAGGCUUUGAUUUUGGAAGCCACCAGUUUCGCAGACGUUUGUGAAAAGUUCAAGGAGCUCACCAGAGGGAGGUUUGUGACCGAGUGCCACACCUUCAUGCAGAAGAUCUUCUCCGAGCCGGGCAGCUUGUCCACGAGCACCAUCACCAGGCUCCGGGAGCGCUGCAGGGCCAAGCUGCUGGCACAGGGGUGACGAGUGCCUCCUGCACUGACCAGUUUCUACCACUCGUCUUAAAGUCCUGUACAUAGUCAAUGUGUCCACACUGGAGUUGUGAAAUUUUUAUAAGACCGAUUUAAAAUUGUCAUUCUGUAACUCUUUGAUUAUGAGCUAUGAAGUCAUGAAUUUCUAAAAAUAUAUUUUUACCUGAAACAUGGAUAAUAUAUAAAAUGUGAGAUGCGUGUUUGUAUUUAAUAAAGUAUGUCAACACCUA